AUGUCUCAGGAAGAAAUUCUGCAACAAGCCACUGGACCCAGUUUUCCCGGCAAAGGCGUCAUUGUAGAUGAUGGCACCAUGGAGGAUCUUAUUGAUAAGCUGAGAAUUUUGCGUUACGAAAAGGAUUUUUGUCCGCGUGUCAAGCCUCCAUUUAAACCUUUGAGCAAGUAUUAUUUUUCUGGGCCCUCUUCAAUCGAUAAUCCAAAUGCUCAGUUCCACUACUUUACUUCUUUAUGUUCCUGGCUUAUGGGUUUGGCUGGACAUAACUUUGAACCUCCUGGUCAAUUUGAUGAUCCAAAUGCGACUUCAACCAAUAUAUUGGGUGAAUUGCGUGCCAUGAAUAUAUCCGCUCCAAACCUUGCUCCAAAUCGCAUCCGCCAGGGAAGUGGAGAAGCCGUUUUGACCAUUUUAUCGGUUCUCUCAGACCAUGCACUUCUCAAGAAGGGGUUUACUGUUCGCUCUGUUGACUAUACAAAUGUGGAAAAGUAUGAUGAGCUUGAUGGAGUAACUGAUGCUGAUGAUGAUAAUGGUAUUGGGGAAGAGGUGGAAGACAAUGUAAUGAUAGAAAGUGAUGAUGAGGAAGAGCUUUAUGUUCGUGCAACCGGAGAAAGAUUAGUUAAAGAAGAUGCUGGUGUUCCUUUAGAAUCCGAGAUUAAUGCUGAGGAAUGGAACUUGGAAGUGGAACGUGUAGGACCUCUUUUACAGGUUAGGUCAGAUGCUCUUCAAGAUUGGCGUUCUCGAAUAGAAAGUGCCGGUGUUUUACUUAGGGCUGUUGAGAAAAUGUAUCCAGAGGUGAAGCAGAUGCUUCAACAUGUGGCGGAUGAUUUGGAAAAGUCGAGAGAUCGCAUUCAAAAGCGUGAACAAACACUUGCUCAACAAUUUUCUGACCAAGUGGAAGACUAUCGGGUAAAAUUACGUGAGCUGAACACCUCACAAGAUUCUGCAAAUAUGGCAAGUCAAAGUGUUGAACAGCUAUCAGCCGAGCUGAAUCAGUUGAGCGGAUUAUUAGAUCAGGUGAAAAGGGGUAUUGAGGAUCGCGAGGCAAAAAUUUCCGAUACAACACCAUUGAUGCAAGUAAAGGACGCAGUGACGAAGGUGAGAGCUGAAAUCAAGCAAAUGUCACUGAGAAUUGGUGUGUUGCAGCAUGCGGUACUUCACUAUGUGAUGAAACAAACCAAGGCCAAGCGGGAAGGACUAGAAAAUGGUCUUGGUUUGGAUGACUGGGAAGAAAUAGAGUCCAUGUAA